ACAGCUUCCCACUUUUCCAGAAAAGUCACACCACUCACUCACUCACUGACUCAGCAGUGUUGUUUGUUUGUACUUUUGUAAAACCCUAAACCCCCAAAACCUCUCUACCCAAAAACUUCAAUUUCAUUUCUUCCCGCAAUGCAAAAUCCCCAAAUUUGUUGAACAAAAAUGUCGAAGAAGAAGAACAAAAACAUGGCGUUGAUUUUGCUGAGUUCUGUAAUAAUGGUAAUUUCAAUUGUUGAACUCGCUGCUGCAUCAUCACCACCGCAUGCUUCUUCUGGUCCUCACAUCGCUGAUGUUAAUCUUCUUUUACCUCCCAAAAUGACUUUCCCUGUUGAAUAUAGACUUCAAGGAAGUGAUGGAUGCUUCAAAUGGUCAUGGGAUCAUCAUGAUAUUCUGUCUGUUUUGCCUGAGUAUAAUUCAAGCAACAAGUGCUCAACUAGUGCGAGGCUGCGAUCGAUCGCCCCUUACAGUGGUCGGAAGGAGACUGCUGUUUAUGCUACGGAUGUGAAAACUGGAAUUGUGAUCCGCUGCAAGGUCUUCAUUGACAACAUAUCCAGAAUCCAAAUAUUUCAUAAUUCUAUUAAGCUUGAUUUAGACGGGCUUGCUACGUUGCACGUCCGUGCCUUCGACAGUGAAGAAAAUGUAUUUUCCUCAUUAGCUGGCUUACAGUUUAUGUGGAGCCUUAUGCCUGAAGCCAAUGGACUACCCUAUCGGCUUGUUAAUGUUCCUAUAAAGGAUUCUCCCCUCAGUGAUUGUGGGGGACUUUGUGGUGACUUAGACAUACAAAUAAAACUUGAAGAUGAUGGUGUAUUUUCAGAUCUUUUUGUAGUAAAGGGAAUUGAGAUUGGCCAUGAGAUCGUGUCAGUGCAUUUGCUUGAGCCACAGUUACAGAAUAUGGCUGAUGAGAUUCUUCUUACUGUUGCUGAAGCUAUGUCGCUUGAACCUCCCUCACCAGUUUUUGUCCUUGUUGGCGCAGUUGUUCCCUACACCCUUAAAGUUAUCCGUGGAAAUAUUCCUCAAGUGGUUACUUUGCCUUCACCACAUCAUCAGUGGUCUGCCUCAAAUGAUUCGGUUGCUCAGGUUGACUCGAAGACAGGGUUAGCAUAUGCAUGGAACUUGGGGAUGACAGCUAUCACUGUUGAAGAUACAAGGGUUGCUGCCCAUGUGCAAGUUUCUUCACUAAAUGUGGUCCUGCCAGCUUAUUUAGGUUUAUAUAUAACACCUUUGUCUAGCUCUGGUGAUCCUGUGGAAGGAAUCAAAUCUAUUCCUCUAAUGGCACGUUGGUAUGUUGUAUCUGGUCGUCAAUAUCUUAUCCAAAUAAAGGUUUUUGCACAUGCCCAUGAUGAACAAGAGAUUUAUAUUACAGAGAAUGAUGAUGUCAAUGUUUAUGAUUACCGGUCGGAUUGCUGGAGAACUGUGCCGGUUUCAAAUGAUAUUGCCUUUAAACAUGGCUGGCGGAAUACUAAACUCUUGAAAGCUUAUUCUCAAGGACAUGGAAAUUUGACAGCUUCUGUGAGCUAUCCUGGGGGGGCUGAUGACAAAAAGGAGAUUAUCACGGUUGCGCAAGAAGUCAUGGUCUGUGAUCAAGUAAAGUUCACCUUGGGUAAUGAAGGUGGAGUAAUCUUACUGCCCUGGGCCCCUGGUGUUCAUCAGGAUGCAAAGUUAAAGGCUGUAGGAGGUUGUGCAAAGGCCGUGAGUGACUACAAAUGGUUGUCUUCAGACAUAUCUACUGUAUCUGUGUCAGCUUCUGGUACUAUCCAGGCGAAAAAGCCUGGAAAAGCUACUAUUAAAGUGAUAUCUGUAUAUGAUUCACUAAAUUAUGAUGAGGUCCUGGUUGAAGUCUCCAUUCCAUCUUCUAUGGUUAUGCUUCACAAUUUUCAUGUAGAAACUGUUAUUGGAUCUCGUCUUCAAGCUGCUGUGACAAUGAAAACAUCUAAUGGUGCCUUUUUCUAUAGAUGCGAUGCCUUCAAUUCUUUGAUAAAGUGGAAAGCUGGAAGUGAGUCUUUUGUAGUUGUCAAUGCAUCUCAGGAGUCGUCAUACUUGGAAACAUUGCCAAAUAGUCAGGUCCAUCCAUCAGAUGAGGGCUUUCCAUGUUCUUGGACUCACAUAUAUGCUUCUAAUACUGGUCAAGCAAUAAUCCGUGCCACACUUUCUCUAGAAUAUCACCAAUUCAGUCAUGCUCCUGUUGUGUUAAAAGCAUCUUUACGCAUUGCGGCAUAUCUACCCUUUAUUGUACGUCAGGCAGGUGACGGAAACCACUUUGGUGGUUACUGGCUUGACUUGGCUCAAGCAGAAAACAACAAGCAAUUGCAUAGCUUGGAGGAGUUAGAUCUUGUCCCUGGGACAAAUUUAGACUUAUUACUUGUUGGUGGACCUGAACCAUGGAACAAACAUGUUGAUUUUAUUGAAUCUGUGGAUGUUUUGGGUGGAGAGAAUGAUCUGUCUGAUGGAGUUCUCGUGCAUCAGAUAUCUGACAACAGUAGGACUUUGUACAGAGUUUUAUGUCAAAGACUGGGAACCUUUAAACUGCUUUUCAAACGUGGAAAUUUGGUUGGGGAUGAUCAUCGUCUGCCUUCUGUAGCUGAAGCUUUGCUGCCAGUGAUAUGUAGCAUUCCUUCUUCUAUUGUACUUAUAGCUGAUGAGCCAGUGAAUGAAUAUGAAAUUAUUAGAGCAUCUGCUCAAGCUGAGCGUAGUUCACGGAGACUUCGCGAUAACCCUAUUACUGUGGCAAAUGGGCGCACUAUUCGAAUAUCUGCAGCUGGUAUUAGUGCUUCUGGAGAAGCGUUUGCAAACUCAUCGUCUCUAAGUUUGAAGUGGGAGCUCGGCAGCUGUGAGGGACUAGCAUAUUGGGAUUAUGCAUUUAAUAUUGUGAAGUCCAGCGAUUGGGAGAGGUUUUUGGUCUUGCAAAAUGAAUCAGGAUUGUGCAUUGUUCGUGCUACUGUUACUGGCUUUCUCGAUGGCUUGGGAGAUGGUACAUUUCACCAGUUUUCUCAAACUGAAAAUGUGCUUACAGAUGCCAUUCGUUUACAGCUUGUUUCUAUGCUAAGAGUUGAUCCAGAGUUCAGCUUGAUAUAUUUCAAUCCUAAUGCAAAGGUAAAUUUGUCAAUUACUGGGGGGAGCUGUUUCUUGGAAGCUGUUACAAAUGAUUCUCAAGUGGUGGAAGUUACUCAACCAACAACAGGAUUAGAAUGUCACCAACUGAGUUUGUCCCCUAAAGGGUUAGGGAUAGCUAAUCUGACUUUAUAUGACAUGGGGCUAACUCCUCCAUUAAGAGCAUCUGCACUUGUCCAGGUUGCAGAUAUAGAAUGGAUUCAGAUCAUGUCAGGAGAAGAAAUUAGCCUAAUGGAAGGAAGUUUGCAAACUAUUGACUUAUUGGCCGGUACAAAUGGAGGAAACAAUUUUCAUGCUUCCCAGUUUGUUUACAUGAAUCUUCAUGUUCAUGUUGAGGAUACUAUAAUUGAGCUGCUGGAUACUGACAGUCUGUCUAGUCAUGUUGGUAGACAUGUUAAUGCACCAAGUUUUAAAAUAAAGGGGAGAUAUCUUGGAAUUACAACCCUUUAUGUUAGUGCUAUGCAACAUUCUGGACAUGUAGUACAAAGUCAAGCUAUUAGGGUGGAGGUGUACAAAGCUCCAAGAAUACACCCUCAUGAAAUUUUCCUGCUACCUGGUGCGUCAUAUGUGCUUACCGUGGAAGGUGGCCCAUCUCUCGGUGUUCAUGUUGAAUAUGCAGUUGAAAAUGAUAAAAUUGCAAGUAUUGAUAGAUAUACUGGACGGCUCUUGGCAAUUUCUACUGGGAACACAACGAUUAUCGCUAGCGUCUUUGUGAAUGGAAAUACUGUGAUUUGUGAAGCAAGGAGUGUUUUAAAGGUGGGAGUUUCAUCUACUAUCAAAUUGCACAUGCAGAGUGAACAACUAGGAGUUGGCUGCAAACUACCAAUUUAUCCGUUAUUUCCUGAGGGAAAUUUAUUUUCUUUCUACGAGCUAUGUAAAAGUUACCAGUGGACUAUUGAAGAUGAACAGGUGCUGAGUUUCAAGGUGGCAGAGAGCUUGCAUGGUGAAAAAUAUGGGACCGCUUCAGAAGAUAGUCAAGUUGGCGGUUAUUUUGAUGAGAAUGACAUUGGCUUUAUUAACGUCUUGUAUGGAAGGUCUGCGGGCAAGACAAAAGUUGCUUUGUCAUUCUCGUGCGAGUUUUCAACUUCUGGGUCGAAAACACAGUCAAGGUUGUACAGUUCAUCUUUAUCAGUAACAGUAGUUCCCGAUCUUCCCCUGGCUUUGGGACUCCCAAUAACCUGGAUUCUUCCUCCCUACUAUACAACUACAAGCCUUUUGCCUUCCUCCUCAGAAUCUUAUUAUGAUGGUCAGAAUCACAAAGGAACCAUCAAGUAUUCUUUAUUGAGUAGUAUAGAUAAAAAUGCUCUGCAGAAUGAUGCCGUGUUCAUUGAUGGGGAUAAAAUUAAAACAUCAGAAAGUAAUAAUCUUGCAUGCAUUCAAGCCAAAGAUCGUACCACUGGUAGAAUAGAGAUUGCUUCCUGCGUCAAGGUUUCUGAGGUUACUCAAGUUAGAAUAGCAAGUAAGGAGGUGCUGUUCAAAGUGAUUGACCUUGCUGUUGGUGCAGAAUUUGAUCUUCCAACAACCUUUUAUGAUACUCUAGGAAACCCUUUCUAUGAAGCAUACAAUGCAGUGCGUGUCUAUGCUGAAACUAACUACCCUGAUGUUCUUGCCAUAAACAAAACUGCUGAUGGAAAAGGGAAUAUUCACAUAAAGGCAAUUCGGCACGGGAAAGCUCUUGUGCGUGUAGCAAUUAGUGAAGCCCAACAAAAGUCAGACUACGUGCUGAUUAGAGUUGGUGCCCAUGUAUAUCCUCGAAAUCCAGUUCUUCAUAUUGGAAGUCCUCUUAACUUGAGCAUCAGAGGAUUGAAUGAUAAAGUUUCUGGACAGUGGGUUACGACUAAUGAAAGUGUAAUAUCAGUGGAUGCGUUAUCUGGAGUGGCCAAAGCUAUUGGAGAAGGUUCAGCCCAAGUAUAUUUCCAUUAUGAAAGAUCAAAGAAGCUGCAAACAACAAUUACGGUGUUGAAAGGACACAGUAUUUCUGUGGAUGCUCCAAAAGGGAUGUUAACUAAUGUUCCAUACCCUACAAAAGGAUACAACUUCUCCGUGAAGUUCAGUAGUACCACCUAUGGUGAAAGCCUUGAUGCACCAGGAGGAAACAAGAUAAUAUCAUUCGACUGUAGAGUAGAUCCGCCAUAUGUCGGGUACGUCGAGCCAUGGCUGGAUUUGGACACUGGCAACUCAUAUUGCGUAUUUUUCCCUUACUCACCCGAGCAUUUAGUGCACUCAAUACCCAAGUCAGAAGGCACUAGACCAGACGUAUCUGUCUCCAUAUAUGCUUCUCUCAAAGAACAUGAACAUGUUUUGGGAUCUGCAUCAGCUCUUUUCAUUGGAGGUUUUUCUAUAAUGGAAAUGGGCAAGGAUCCAAUGCAGCUGAGUCUGACACCAGACUCAAACAAAACUUACAUAACCAUAGUGGGAAAUACCGAUGUCGAAAUUCACUGGAAUCGCCGAGAUUUGAUUAUGAUCGUUCCCAUCAGUAAAGACGAUUUUGGCGUUCGAGGUUUUGCACGUUAUGAGGUCAAACUGCUGAAAGGCGAGAGAUUCAAAGACAAAAUCAUCAUCACACUCCCAACUAAUGGUCAGAGAAUGGAAAUAGGCAUAACCCAUGAACCUGAACCGGAUGAAAAAGCACUCUCCAAUGUAGCCAUAAAUAAAACCCUCUGGGCAAAGAUCUUGGGUUGUCUCCUGUUGUUGAUACUUUCGAUCUCUGCCUUCAUAUGUUUCCUGGACAAACCAGAUAGAUCGCAGGAAACAAGUGCUCCGAUCACUGCAACUAUUGCAUCACCUGCAACUCCUUACAGAAGCAGUCCACCUGUUACAAAUGAAAUGUCUCCUCGGACGCCACAACCAUUUGUAGACUAUGUAAGAAGAACGAUCGAUGAAACUCCGUACUACAAGAGGGAAGGAAGAAGAGUUAAUCCACAGAAUACGUUUUAGGCUCCCACAUCAGAGGCUAAUACAUAGAUUCAUACUUGUACUCUGUUGUAUUAUUUUCAAACUGACAAUUUUGGUCACUACAUGGUGUUGUAUAAAUUUAGGAAUAUAUAGUGUCAUUUGUGAUGCAUACAUUAAAUACAGUAUUUAUCUCGUGGUUAGGUUAGUGUAGCUUCCACCAUCCAAUGUGUGUUGAAAUUGCAUUACAUUGCUUCUCCAAUUAGCUUAUCUCGUUUAUUUUUAAUCUUUUUGAAA